AUGAGUUGUCCAAAGGAGCAGCAGGAACAACAACAGUCUUGUGGCUCGUGUGAUGGACACCACCACGAUGGCGCCUCCGUGCCAGACAUGGAAGACUACAAACUCGAACUCGAAGGCCUGCGCAAGAGGACCCAGGAACUCGAACUGAUGCUGUCCAAGACGGCCAACGGCGUCAAAGACUCGCAGUCCUCCAGGUCCCGAAAGUUGCGGUCUGAACAUUGGUUCAACUCGCCCGACAACCCGGAGAUGAUGGCCCUGUACACGGAUCGCUACCUCAACUACGGCUUGACCACGUCCGAACUCAAUUCCGGCAAGCCCAUUAUCGGCAUUGCCCAGUCUGGCAGUGACCUCGCCCCCUGCAACCGACACCAUCUCGAACUGUCCAAAAGGGUGCGCGAAGGGAUCCGCUCCGCUGGUGGCAUCGCAUUCGAGUUCCCCACGCACCCAAUCCAGGAGUCGGUGAGACGGCCCACGGCAACGUUGGACCGAAACUUGCUCUAUCUGGGUCUGGUCGAGAUCCUACAUGCGUAUCCCUUGGAUGGAGUGGUGCUUUUGACCGGUUGUGACAAGACGACCCCGGCAAUGCUCAUGGCCGCCGCUACUGUCAACAUCCCCGCCAUCUGUCUCAAUGUCGGCCCCAUGCUGAACGGUCGCCUGAAGGGGUCGCCAGACAGAAUUGGCUCGGGGACGAUUCUGUGGAAGGCCCGGGAUUUGCAUGCUGCAGGGGAGAUUGACGAUGAUAUGAUGGUCGAGAUGAUCGCGGCUGGAACGCCCUCGGCGGGCCAUUGCAACACCAUGGGCACGGCCUCAACCAUGAAUGCUCUGGCCGAAGCACUGGGUAUGGCUCUACCUGGCUCGUCGGCUAUUCCCGCCCCGUAUCGUGAGCGCGCCCAAUGUGCGUAUAGGACCGGUAAGCAGAUUGUCGAGAUGGUGCACGCCGAUCGCAGGCCGAGCGACAUCCUGACAAGGGAGGCCUUUGAAAAUGCGAUUGUCGUAAAUAGUGCCAUUGGGGGAAGCACGAAUGCCCCCAUCCAUCUGAACGCUGUGGCGAAACACAUUGGUGUCCCCCUUGAUCUGGAUGACUGGGAUAGCAUUGGACUUGACAUCCCUUUGCUGGUGAAUGUGCAACCGGCAGGUGAGAUGUUGUGUGAGGAGUAUUAUAAAGCCGGAGGGCUCCAAGCUGUCAUGGCCGAACUUCUGGAUCAAGGUAAACUCCAGCCAAAAGCCCUGACUUGUAACGGCAAGACCGUCAAGGAGAAUGUGGAUGGCAGGCAUUCUUGGGACCGACGAACCAUCAAGACCUAUGGUGAGCCCCUGAAACAUCGAGCAGGUUUCCUCCACAUGACAGGUAAUCUCUUUGACUCCGCCAUCAUGAAGACCUCUGUGAUUUCCGACGAUUUCCGCCGGGAGUUCUUGGAAAACCCACAGGAUCCCAAUGCUUUUGAAUGCAAGGCGGUGGUGUUUGACGGGCGAGAGGAUUAUAUCAGUCGCAUUGACGACCCCAAGACCCCAGUCGAUAAGAGGACAAUUUUGGUGAUGCGCGGUGCUGGACCGCUGGGAUAUCCUGGCGCGGCAGAAGUAGUCAAUAUGCAUGCUCCGGGCCACGUCUUGAAACAAGGCGUGACCUCUUUACCGUGCAUUGGAGAUGGAAGACAGUCUGGCACGUCAGGUUCCCCGUCGAUUCUGAAUGCCAGCCCUGAAGCCGCCGCAGGUGGUAACCUGGCACUGCUCAGGGAUGGCGACAUCUUGAGGGUUGACCUGAACAAGCGACUUGUCCAGAUGUUGAUCUCCGAUGAUGAGUUGAAGAAGCGACGGCAGGACUUGGAAGCAAAGGGCGGAUAUCCGAUUCCAGAGUCUCAGACCCCCUGGCAAGAUAUCUUCCGCCGCGAGACUGGGCAGCUCAACGAGGGAAUGGUGUUGCACAAUGCUCCCAAGUACCAGCGGGUGGCCCAGAAAUGGCCUGCUCCUCUGCAUAACCACUGA